AUUCACCGACUUAUGCGAGCUCGAUAGUAAACAGGAAAAAUAUAGAAGCCAACCAAAAAAAGAUUAGGUAAGUAAUGAUACAGAAUAAAUAUAGAGGAUUACAAGAAGUUAGGUCCCUUCGGAGCUAUCGGUUUGAGCCAUGGCUUCUUCUCUAUGCUUGCUCAGUUCGCGCCCUUUCCUCCUUCAAAGGCCUUCUAAUGCUGACAAUUCUUGUUCUAAAUCUUACAAUCCUUCUCGUUCGGCAUCCCCGUCCACUUCUUUCAUCAGAUUAGCUCCAAUCAGAGACGCGCUUCAUUUGGGCAGAUUACAGAUAACGAGAGGGCUAAAACUCAGAAGAAGAUUUGUUGUUAGAAUGGCACCUGAUCUAGAGAGAUUGACAAGGCGUAAUCCAUUGGAUUUUCCUGCUGAAUGGGAUAAACCAAGGAACCCUCGUCGGCCUGAUAUAUUACCUCAAUUUAGUCCCUUGAAGACACCUCUUCCUCCCCCAAUGCCAUUUGACCCUCCUCUUGAGGAUGAUGAGGAAGAGGGAGAGGAGCAGCAGGAGCAGCCACAGGAGCAGGAAGAGGAACAGGAAGAAGAAGAAGGAGAUGAAGAGUAGCAAAUAGUGAUGUUGACAUUAUAGAUUUUAGAAGCUGCCAGCACUCAAGUUCGUUAGUCAACCACAGAGAUUGUCAAUUUGAAUGCUCAUUGGUGUUUUCUUCUUAUCUCAUUAGUAUCCUGUUCUCAGUUUCCCUGGCUUGAUAUGCCCAAAUGUAAUUUAUUGAUGUGUUGGUUUUUUGAGCAUAUGCAGGUUUAGAGGUUGAAAUGUACCUUGAAACUGUCCUGCUAGAUUGUUUUAUGGCAUAAAACAAUAUCCAUUGGCAACAAUGUUUUCAUGAUACAUGUCGUUUAACUCCAGUACUUAAAUCACAGGAGUUAGAGAUUAUAUAGAAAAAAUAUGGGUUUAGCAGGGUAUACAAUACAUUCAACUUAGUCUGAGAAUAUUUUUGUGCAAUACAUGCUAUAUGCUGAGUUCAAACUUGCGUUGUCGAGGAAUGUCAACUUGCAUGAAUGACAUGCUUUGAUAUGUCUUGUACUGCAAUUAUUUUGGCAUACCAUGCAAAGUAAAUUUGUUUAUUUUACUGAAACUACAUAAAUAGAAAUAAAUUAUUGGGGGGAAACUUAUUGCCUUGUCUUGA